CGGAGGUGGGAGGUGCUAGUCCUGGUAGUUAAUCAACACCGUACGCUCCGUAUAUUCCCAUGACAGUGUCGGAGUAGGUACCAGAAGUAGUUAUUUGACAACAUUGUUUGAACAUGUAAGAUUUAAGGUUUUCACAGCGAUUUCGACUGUUUGUCUACUUCGCUCCUUCCCGCGCUUCUACAGAUGUGUCAUGUACCACCUACCGCCACAAUUUACGUACAAGUCACAGAUGACCAUGUAAAACUAGGUGCACAAAAACCGACCGUACACCACCAAAGAAGAAAGAAAAGCUAAAGGUAAUGACGGCUAUCAAAUGGCAGUAUUUGAACGAAUGAAGCAAGAAUAUCUGAAUCUGGACACCAGGAGAACUGUCACUUAUACGAAAUGUCUAUCCCAGAAAUGUGAAUUCCUUACAAGACAGAAUAUUCUUGAGUCUUUGAAUGAAUUUUUGGUAAUGGAAAUAAUAGAGUCAGAAGUAUAAGGAGAUUAUAGUUGCUAUAAUAAUGCAGACAUACAUGUAAGAAUAUGUAUUCAAAAUUCUAUUGGAUCUAUCUGUUUAAUCAUUAAUGAGCUGUUUAAAGCAUUAAAUGAGCAAUCAGAAGAGUCUUUUUUCUUGUGCUAAACAAGUCAGUUUGUUAUGAAGAGAUGAAGAGGAAUAUUGAACACAUUAAACAGGUCUAAAUUUUUGUUAUUUUUGGUCUGAAAAACUCUCUUAUGUCAGGAAGUUGCAUCAUAUCCUGCUUGUUCUUAAUGUAGUGAGUAUGUCUUGUUUGAUGCAAGAAACCAAAAUGAAGGCUCAUGAAAAAAGAAGGGAUGAUAAUAUUAUGCGGGCAUUUGCUUCAGAGUCCAAAUCUCAUAAUAGAAGUAUGUCAAUGAAAAAUGUGCAAUUAAAUAUUUUUUCAAAAGAUGGAAUUUAUACUCAGACAGAAGCACAAUUUUCCAGUAUUUCUCACAACUUGGAGCAAAGUGAAGCGACACUGGAAGGUGAUUUGCAAAUAGGAGAGUGUGUACCAUCAGUCCCACUGACACGGAAAUCAAGAGAACAUAGGAAGCAAAAGCAUUCUCAUCAUGGUGAAGGAAAUGCUGAUGAAAACAUGAAACCUAUAAAAAGGACAAGAAGAAGUAAAAAGAAAACAAUGCAGAAUGUAAGCACUCAUAACAGUGUAGGAUACAAGGCAACGAAAGAGGUGUCUAAUUGGAAAAUUAUGUAUAGCCGGUCCACAAAUGAAUAUUGGCCCAGGAAGCAUAUUUUGAGUGAAUCACCUGUAACAUUUGAAGGUGCAUGUAAAGUCCUGGAUCACAUUCUUUUAAAAGACGUUGGUAUGCAUGUCUCUGUGUCACAACAGAUAACAGAUGAUCUUUCAGCUCUGAAGAUAUUGUUAAUGGAUUUCAUGAAAAGACAUAAGAAGCAUUCACCCUAUACAUAUUUGUUAACUCAUCACUUGAAGAGUAAGUGUAAAAAUAAAGGUGUAGAUAUAGAGCAGGACACUAAUUCAUGCCAGCUUGAAAGUAUAGGUAUGAAUAUUAAACCUGGGUAUAAGAGACAGCUCAUUGGCCACAGAAAACACAUAUUGGAACAGAUCAAAAAUAUGAUUGAGCAGUUUAGUAAUUUGUUUUUAACACCACGAAGUGAGGGAGUUGUACAGUUUUCUAUGUCUGAAUUGGCAGCAUGUUUAAAGUCAUUGGAGGUGGCAGAAAACCCAGCAGUAUUACAAUGGAAGCCAGUCCAAAAUUGUCAGCAAACCAAAACAAGACCACAGCAAAUCGAACAGAGUGUGGUAUUAGCUUUUGUCAAAGAAUUACUGAGAAAGGUGGUGCCCAUUGAACUCUUUGGAAGUAAGUGGAAUGCAAGAAUGUUCGAGAGGCAGUGUGUUAGGUUGACUCGCAGCGGGAAAUUCCAGAACUUCAGCCUAGGCAGUCUGAUGUCUGGCCUGAAAACUUCAAAUGUGUCGUGGCUUAGGUCUGUGGCUGAACCUGCAGUGAAACAGAACAUCUUUGCUAAGGUGAUCCUUUGGCUGUUUGAGGAGUUCGUUAUGGUGAUUUUAGGAACUCAGUUCUAUGUAACUGAAGGGUUACGGCAACGCAACAAAUUAGUGUUUUAUAGGCUACGAGAAUUCCAGGCAAUUUCAGAUAAAACACUGUUGCACAUGGUGAAAAGCAGGAAACUCGAAGUAGUCAGCAAUGAAAAGGUUGCAGAACUUACAGCAGAGGAAUCCUCUCCAGGGGCAUCUGCAUUACGGUUCAUACCAAAGACGAAUGGUGUCAGGCCAGUCGUAAUGACCAGGGAUAGACAUCAUAUUACACCAAGUGUUAAAAAUGCGAAGCUAUACCUGACCCAGGUUGCAGCAUCGAAUCCAGUCAGUAUUAAGCCAGCAGAUGUAAACAGCUUGCAUGAAAAGUGGUGUACCUUGUUUGAUUACUGGAAAAAACAUAAUCAUCAAGUUUAUUUUGUUCAUACUGACAUCUUAGAUGCUUACGGUUCGAUAUGUCAUCAGAAACUGUGUCAUAUAUUGGAAAAUACUAUUUCAGCAGGUCAGACGUAUGUCUUGAAGCAGUAUAGUUUUUUGACUACAAAGAAAGGAAAAUUACAGUGGAUCUACAAGAAUGCAUUUGAUCACAUGCCAUCAACAUUUGUUGUGCCACGAAACAGCAAGCGGAUUGAUGCAGAGGGUGUCACAGUGGACCGUAUAAGUGGCCAGAGUCUUUUGUCAUCAAUACAUGAGAAUCUGAAGGAUCAUUUAAUUUGCAAAGGAAAUAAAAAAUUCAUCAUGAUAUGUGGACAACCGCAAGGAGGCUACCUAUCAUCAGUACUGUGUGAUUUGUAUUACUCUGAUUUGGAGAGAACACAGCUAAGAGAAUUUCAAAAUGAUGAGGAUAUGCUAAUUAGAGCUGUAGAUGAUUACCUUUACAUUACCACUGACCUGGACAGAGCUGUCAGAUUUCUGAAAAAGAUGGAAAGAGGCUUCCCUGAAUAUGGCAGUUAUGUGAACAACAAGACACAAACAAAUGUCCCUCCUGAAUAUGCCUCAGGUUGCUUCAAGCUUAGGUAUUGUGGGUAUGUAGUGGAUACAAAGCUGUUGCAUGUCACAGGAGAUUAUGCUCGCUACAUGUAUCAAGAUAUUGCUCACUCAAUGCGUCUGUCUGAAGUGAAACGUCCUGGAAAAUUUCUCGAGAAGAAGAUGGCAAUGUUGUCUACAUUGAAACUGAAUGUACUUACUCUUAAUGAAUUGUACAAUUCAAGGGAAAUAGUUCUCACAAACAUAUUUCAUGCUGCUCUUCUGCAGGCCUUCAGAUUUCACAGCAUUGUUAAAAAUUGCUUUGAUCUAAAGAAUCUGAAUCAGAAGUUUCUAGCCCAGACAGUGUGUACAUCUGCUCGGAAAAUUGGAUACCAUGUCCUGAGAAUUAGGAGUAAACAUUGCAAAGGUUCAACACUAGACUUCAACACUGUUUGCUGGAUUGUGUAUAGAGCUUUCUUCUUGAGAAUGUUACCGGUUCAAAACUUUUAUUCCCUUGUAUUGAAAGACAUUGAAUGGAAGCUAAAGAAUCUUUCUCAGAAGAUACAAUGUGAAGUAUAUAAGGAGUUAAGAAUAUUAACAGUAUGCAUGCCAGAUGUAUUUCAAACACUUUCAUAACUUGUAAUAUAAUUUGUUUUGUUUCAAAUUAAAAUAUAAUUGGAGUA